CUCAGCAGCAGCAAGUCGAUGUGACAAUAACAGCCAUUAAAUAGAUUUGAGAUGGAACUAUCAGAGCGAAUUCUUUUUUUUUUUUUUUGAGAGCACUCGUGCGCCCCCACCGGGUUUGUGCCCUGGGCAGUCGCCCAUAUUGCCCAUAGCAAAAACCGGCCCUGCUUGAGGAUCAUUUCUGGAAACCACCUAGAGACAACCUGUGUUGAAUUGAAGUAUUUCUGAUCAUCUGCAUUAGGGAUUUUCUCGAGUGGGUUUCAGUUGUAUUAUUUUGCUCUUGAUUUCAUUAUACCGUCUGGCUGAUCAUGUGAACAGCUUUGAGGUUAUGUGGUUGUAACUUACCGGUAUUAAAAUAUGCCCAGAUUCAGGACCCGGGGUACAGUUGAAAGGAAUUUAACCGCCUGCUUUCUCUUAUAUUUUAAAUUACUGUCCAAUCAGAUUGAUGCAACAAGACUGCAUGGCGCUUUAAACGUAGAGGAACGCCCACUUCUGCUUGUUUUUUCAGUCUGUUGUUCAACCACAGACUGUGAUUGGACCAAAUAAAGGAGCAGAGUUAUUUGAAAACCCGAUAAACACACUCCCAAACUAAAAUAAAUCUUUUAAUUUCUAGCUUCCAGACCUGCCGAAGUUAAAACAUUAAUUUCAUCUUCUGUAGAAGUUUAUUACACUAACAGCACUAUUCAAGCCUUUUCUAUUUCAACACUUGAAGAUACAGUUUAUGAUCUCAUAUAUAACCGCAGUAAUAUUAUUUGGGGAUUACAAGGUAGUCUCACAUACUUUCUUGACGGGGGCCACACACACACACACACACACACACACACACACACACACACACACACACACACACACACACACACACACACACACACACACACACACACACACACACACACACACACACACACACACACACACACACACGCAAAUUACUCAAAUACAUAGACAUGAAAGGAAAAUUAUAAAACGACACACAACAUAUAUCGGAAAAUGUAAACAGUAUUUGAGUUGACUUAUCUCGCCCGGUCUGGCGACCACACCCCCCCACGGGGUGUCAGCAAGGAGUUGCCCGUGAAGCGUCACAGACCAAACUCACUGGGCCGGGUUAGUGGCAACCGGCAGCAGUUUGUGGCAGGGAAGCCUCAGUAAGGAGAAGACAACUGCACCACUACUCCCCGGUCCCUCGCUAUCUGGAGGCGUCCAGCCUCCCCUCCUCACUCAGGAAAAGGCUCGCUCCCCUAUUUAGCUGUCUUCCCGGCCGGCAACAAUAAAAGCUGCGGCUGUGACCGCACCCUCCCAGCCCGGACCGGUGCCGCAGCUUCAGACAAAAACUGAAGUAUUCCCCACUCACUGUCCAGCCAUUCACAGACCUCUUUUAUUCCUCUCCUACUCGACACAGGUGCAAGUCAUUCACAAUCAGUUCCUCCAGGACAUUUGAGCUUUCGAUGGCACCGAACUAUUGAAUAAAUAUGCAGAGUUUGUUUUACAUAACCGACGAUGCUGACUUGGUCUGUUUGAAGUUCAAAAUAUCAGUGAGAUGGUUUCUUCAGCUCAAGAAGACUUAUUACGUCCUUCAUAAAAUGAUUUUACGAGGAAUACAUUUGACGGCUCCAACUGUGCUGAUAAUUCUGAUGAGAGUCUUCAGUGUUCAAACUCUCACAUGUCAUCGGACAGAAUAUCAGACUGGGAACGAAUGCUGUCCAAUGUGUCCUGCUGGAAGUCGAGUUAAAACCCACUGCACAGAGUUCAGAAGUACAUCAUGUCUCCCCUGUGAAGAUGGGACUUUCAUGGACAAACUUAAUGGACUGAAACAAUGUCAUCAAUGUUCUAACUGUGAUACAGGUUCUGGUCUGAAAACAACGUUGCUGUGUACACCAACAUCAGAUACUGUGUGUGAACCGGUGGAGGGAUUCUUCUGCAUCGACCCUGGAAGUCCAGGCUGCACAGCAGCUCAGAAACACAAGAGCUGUGAACCGGGACAAUACAUCAGAGAGAGAGGAACAGCCUCCUCAGACACCGAGUGCUCCGACUGCAGCAGUGGAACAUUUUCAAAUGGAACGUUGACGUCUUGUCAACCGCACACACAAUGUGAAACAAAACACCUCCAGGUGAUAAAAGCAGGAACAGCUUCAACUGAUGCAGAAUGUGGAGAACAAUCGUUCACAAUUCUAAUUCUGGCAGGAGUAGUUGUUCCUGUUGUUUUUUUAUGUCUGGUUGUCGUGGUGUUUAUCAUUUACCGAAGGAGGAAAAUAAAAGGGUGUGUUGGAAAAGUUGGAAAGAAUGGAAGCAACAAGCAACUGGAUGGAAACGAAGUAGACAAAGAAUUGCAGUCUUUAACAUAAUAAGGUUCAAACCUUGCACAGUAAAACUACUGCCUGCAUGUCAGAUCUGUUUACUGUGGGGUAAAUGUGCUUCAGAGUCCAGUUAAAGUCCAGCUGGAAGCUGACACAUUGUUUUCACAGUGUACAGAAAUCACACAAUAACCUGCUUCACCUCAACACAUACCAUCCAUCUGAUCUCACUGUGCACAGAUUAAAUUAGUGAAGGAAGUGACAUCAGGGGAAACAUCUGCUGAGGAAUCAGUAAAGUUUCAUCUUAAAAAUACAGACUGGAAUCUUUAACUUGCAGCAAAAAUGAACAUUAAAGUUCCUGCUGACGGCGUCGUGCUGCAGGAGACUUUUUAUCUGGACAUUUUUGACGUUGAAGACAGAAACUAACCUGAUAUGGGAGAGACUGAAAUCCUCAAUGCAGCAUUACUGGAAUACUUGCUGAUAUCAUCAGACAGGAAGGACAUAUUUUCUGCACCCGAAAUCCUGAUCCAGACAGCUGACGGCUGCUUGAUGAAGAAGAGAACUCUGUCGCCUCACAGAGGGAAGGUUUCAGGUUCAAAUCCUGGCUGAAACUGUCUAUGUAUGGAGUUCGAAGGUUCUUCACGUGGUUUCUUCAGAUACUCCAGCUUACAGACCAGCAACCAGCAGGUUAUGGAGACGGGAGUCUAAGUUAACUGUCAGAGUGAGCAUCAUUGUUUCUGUGGGGUCCUGUGAUGAGCUGCAGACAUGUUCAAUGUACCACGCCUUCAGCCUGAUGGAGGUGAGACUCACUUCACACCCUCUGCAACCCUGGAGAGGAUGAAGCAGGUUUAAGAAAAAAAAAAGAAAAAAGAAACAAAAACAAAAAAGAAAACUUUGUCAGGAAUGUAUUGAUGAUCCAUUUAAUUCAUUGCAGGUGGGAAAAAAGCUGCUGGUCUUUGAAACAUUUAAAAUAACAGAGAAGUUGUGUCGGUUUGAACCCAAGAAAAUGAUAAAAGAAGAGGGGAGUCAAAAGUUAAUGAAGCAGUGUUUUUUUUUUUUUUAUCUCUGAUGAAACCAGAUGUUUGUCUGAAAGGACCAGGCCUGAGUAUCUGCUCCAGUUCCUGCUCCCUCUGAUAGAUGUAGAAUAUGUUUUCAUGUACUUCAGAGUUUGUAAAAGUGUUUGAUAUCUUGUAAAGGUUUUUUUAUAGUUGUAAAUUAGCUUGUGUUUUCUAUCAGUUUGUUUUAUUUGUAAAUUUAUUUUCCUAACUCAUCCACUGCAGUAAGGCAAGGCAAGUUUAUUCAUAUAGCUUAAUUCAACAACAGGGUGAUUCACAGUGCUUUACAAAGAUAUUAAAACAUACAUAAAAAGCAUGAUUUAAAGUUUAAACAAAUAAUAAGACUUCAUCAGACAUCACUUAAAAAUGAUUUAACAAAUGAGAUGCAAGAAAUAAAGUUUGCAGUGCAUUGUAAAUAAAAAUGUUUUCAACCCUUGA